AUGCCUCAAUCCAAAGGUGGCCGGAGGAGACGCUCCAGCAGCAUCAUCUACCAGGAGCCCCCGGAAUCGAUCGAACACACCAGCGAUCAGGCCGCUCUGCCAAAUCUGAAUGCGAAUUGGGUCAAUGCCAAGGGAGCCUGGACAAUCCACUUCGUCCUCAUUAUCGCCCUGAAAAUCUUCUACGACAUCAUCCCCGGCGUCUCGCAGGAGACAUCAUGGACCCUCACCAACAUCAGCUAUAUGUUCGGCUCGUUCCUCAUGUUCCACUGGGUGCGGGGCAUUCCCUUUGAGUUCAAUGCUGGUGCCUACGAUAACCUCAACAUGUGGGAGCAAAUCGACAAUGGGGACCAGUAUACCCCGACGAAGAAGUUCCUCCUCUGCGUUCCCAUCUGCCUCUUCCUCCUCAGCACGCAUUAUACCCACUACGACCUGACGUAUUUCACCAUCAAUUUCCUGGCCACCUUGGGCGUGGUCAUUCCGAAACUGCCAUUUUCGCAUCGUCUGCGAAUAGGUCUGUUUGCGAAUGAUCUAGACGAAUAG